UGGGUAAUAUUUACACUCGAGAAGCGGAUACAUCAUUUGCAAGUACAUCAGCUCAAAAAUUAUCCAAUACUCAAGACGAGGAAAUUAUAGUGGACUCAGGACAUGGUUAUCGUAUCAUCGCUUUCUUAUCGGUUUUUACUACGAUAUCUCAGUUUGUUAUUUGCAAAGAAUGCAAAGAACAAGUACGUUUCGGUGAAUGUAGUACUCGUGGUUUAGGUUUCAAAAUAGCAGUUCAGUGCAAGUGCAACACGAGAUAUAUAAAUUCCUGCCCUUUGAUAGACAAUAAAUCGUACGAGAUAAAUAGGAGACUUAUAUUCGUCAUGAGACUAUUGGGCGUUGGUAAAGAAGGCAUAAAUUUAUUUUGCGGUCUCAUGGAUUUAUCUCAAAAUUUCAAUAAUUAUUUAUACUAUGCUGCGGUAGAAAAUAUUUAUAUUGGAGCAAAAACUGUUUUUGAUAUAUUGAGAAGAAAAGCAGUAGAAGAAGAAAAAAUUAAAAAUUCUGAAAAUGGCAAACCAAUGGCAGAGAUAACUGUUUCUGGCGAUGGAACAUGGAAAAAGAGAGGCUUCAAUUCGUUAUUUGGAAUCACAACCCUUAUCGGAAAAUAUACAAGCAAAGUAGUUGAUCUCGUUGUAAAAUCUGCUUAUUGUCAUGCUUGUAAACUAUGGGAAUCUAAGUGCGGGACUCCGGAAUAUUUAAUUUGGCUAGAUGAACAUGUAGAAGAAUGUACUACAAAUCAUGAAGGAUCAGCCGGAAAGAUGGAAGUUGACGCUGUAAAAGAAAUGUUUCAACGAUCCUGGGAAUUGUCGCAAGUCAAAUACGCUCAGUAUAUUGGUGAUGGAGAUUCAAAAACUUUUAAAGCUCUGUUAGAUAUUAAUGUUUAUGGUGAUGACUUACAAGUUAAAAAAAAAGAAUGCGUUGGGCACGUAGAGAAGCGAAUGGGGUCGCGAUUGAGAAACAUUAAAAAAAGUCGAAAACUUGGAGGCAAAAAUAAAUUAACAGAUACGUUAAUAAAAAAAAUAACCAUUUAUUACGGAUUGGCCAUCAGAAGACAUUCAGACUCAGUUGAGAAUAUGUAUAAUGCUGUAUGGGCCAUAUUUCAUCAUAAAAUCUCAACAAAUAAAAAUCCACAACACAUGUAUUGUCCAGUGGGGCCAGAUAGUUGGUGUAAAUGGCGCGUAGCUGAAAGUAACAACACUCUUGACGAAUUCGACCAUGAACCGGCACUGCACGAAGAUGUUCAGCAAGCCUUAAAGCCAAUUUUUGAAGAUCUCUCAUCGAGAGAAUUAUUAGAAAGAUGUUUGGGUGGCGAAACUCAGAACAAUAACGAGAGUUUCAACUCUACAGUUUGGCGACUCGCGCCUAAACAUCUUCAUUGCGGAGCAAAAGUCAUCGAAAUCGCGGCUUAUUUAGCAACGGGAAUAUUUAAUGAAGGAUUUUAUGCUAUCCUGAAAACAAUGACAACAAUAGGAAUAAUUGUAGGAGAAAAAGCAAAAAUGUUUUCCGAAGAGCGAGACCAACACCGCCUCGAAAGAUCAGCGCGACGAAGCCUCGAAGCCACCAAAGAAGCUCGGACAAACCGUAGACAUGAACAAAUGGCCAAAAAUCAACUUUACGAAGAAGAGGAAGGACUGUUAUAUGGCCCUGGAAUAUCUGAAUAACAGACAAAUCAUACUACCUGGAAGGUCAAUAUCGUGCACACCAGCACAUGAAGAUUUUUGCGCAGCGGUAUAUUUAAUAAUAU